GCAGCAGCAGCGAGCUGUCGCCAGCUCAGCCGCUCGGGCUCUCGGACGCCGCUCAUUAGCAGCUCGCUGCCCGAAAGCCGCUGCCGGGCGCCGCAGCCCUCACGUCUGCUGCCCACCGCCCGGUUUCAUUAUUGUGUAGCCCUCGCUGGCCUGAAUCUUACUAUGUUAGCCAGACUGGCCUCCAGCUUGACCUCCUGCUACCUCUGUCACCAGUGUGUUCAUCCAUGAGCUCAGAUUUCCCACAUUACAACUUCAGGAUGCCUAAUAUUGGAUUCCAGAAUCUGCCUCUCAACAUAUAUAUUGUGGUCUUUGGCACUGCUGUAUUUGUCUUCAUCCUUAGUUUACUCUUCUGUUGCUACUUGAUUAGGCUAAGACAUCAAGCACACAAAGAAUUUUAUGCCUACAAGCAGGUUAUAUUAAAAGAAAAAGUUAAAGAACUGAAUUUACAUGAGCUCUGUGCUGUGUGUUUAGAAGACUUUAAGCCUCGAGAUGAACUGGGGAUUUGCCCGUGUAAGCAUGCCUUCCACAGAAAGUGCCUUGUUAAGUGGCUGGAAGUCCGGAAAGUGUGUCCCCUAUGCAACAUGCCGGUGCUGCAGCUGGCCCAGUUGCACAGUAAACAGGACCGUGGUCCCCCUCAAGAGCCCCUCCCUGGGGCAGAGAACAUUGUAUAGCUCACUGAAAGGAUCAGACUUGCUGGAUACAUCAGUGUGGAGCCAGGAGGAAUUACAGCAGACUUUGUUUGGGCUGUUCGCUGCCUGGGGCAUCCACUGUCACUUCCUUUGCCUCAUGAAGAACUCUUGAGCCAGGCAAGCUGAGACCCUAGGCAUCUGGAUCUUGUGACAACCAAAGCACUCUGACAUCACCCUAGGCCAAGAGGAGUAGAUGAGCCUGCAGGUUUGGUUUCAUAAAUUUCCUGAGCAUCUCUUGCUGUCUCCCAGGCACCUCCACAUCAACCAGAAGGGAAGAUAACACAGGUGUUAGAACUGAGAAUGGGACUUUAAUGCCACACCCACCUGUGGACCUGUAAGCAGCUGUGCAGACCUCACCUGUCUCUGCCCUCUUGGCAUCCUGAGUCGUGAAACCAGCUGUUCCAUCAGCUGAAGCACAACUGACUGCCAGUGUGUGGUGAGGCAGCCCCUGCAAGUCUCUUCAGGUUCUAUCCCUUUAAUAAGGCCUCUGGGAACCUGAAGACUAUGGAACAGCAUCAGCAGAACUCCUCGCCACACACACCAGUUGACACUUGCUGUCAGAUCUUCCAAGUUGAAGCCAUUAGACACACUUGGAAAGGCCUGGUCAGGAGCCAUUCUUGUUUUCUCUCCUAGUCAGUCAUCAGUAAGAAGCAGCAGGAGCUUGACCCUGAACCUCAACUGUCUUAUAUAACCCAGGAGCCAGGGUACUACUGCUUAAGUACCCCACAAAUGCAGUACGAUUCCAUUAUAGCUGCUGGCCUCAGAUCACUGGCUAAGGAGUCUCUCUCGGCCCCUCAGAUGGCUCCAAAGAGGAGCUGAGCUCCUUCCGCACCAAGGCCAGUCCUUACCCACCUGGAUGGCCAGGACGCUGACACUUUGCUUCUCUCUUAUCCUUUCACUCCCCUCCUCUCUUCUGCUUCUUUUCUAUGUAAGAAAAAUGUUACUGCAUUUUUAAAUGUUUAUCCCAAAUAAGCUCCCUGUAAUUCUAAAGCCAGUGAGCCACCUGGAGUUGUAAAUAGUUUGAGGACGCUCCUGCAUGGCUGACCUUCUGUUGGUGUGUACCUCAGUUACUUGGACUUGAGAUCGCUAACUGAAGGUGUUUUUAUAGAGAAAUGCAUGCUGCUCUUUGGCUUUUCCUGUCCAACUUUUCUAGAGAUAACUGUCUCCAAGAGGCUUUGUGGACACUGUAAAUUAGCCAUGUAAAGCACAGAACAUUCUUUUACAGCUUGCUCUCCCCUCCCUCGUCACAAGAGUGCCACUGUAAUGCCUCAACUGCUCUGCCCUGCUGUCCCAGUUAUGGAGGAAGUUUUUGUAGGAAGUACAGCUUGGUAUGAAGAGGAAUGGGGGGAGAGGGGCUUGCUACUAUGUUCUUACCAUCUACCCAAUCUUAGAAUGAGAGGGAACCUGCCUUUGCCUCCAGUAGCUGAGGUCAGAUGGGUAAGAAAAGUCCUGUCUAACAAGUGCUAAGGAAGCCAAAUGUGGUACACACACCUGUAUAGUCCCAGCUGAGGCAGGCAGGGUCACAAAUUUGAGACCAGCCAUUUGGAAAAUUACAAAUCUGCUUGGUGAGGAUUGGCUGUCCCCAGUGUGUGCUCUAUUUAUGGCAGGCCAGCUGGAUUCCUAUACAGAGCAAAAGGUAUGAACCAUUUCUGAGAGUCUUAGUCUGACUGGCCCCUAGAAUUCAUGCCUAUGUUCCUCUUGCUCCUCUGUUAUGUUUGAAGCACCAGUCAAAUACCCAGAUACUCGUUUACAGUGAAAUGUUUUCAGUGACCAAUGCCAGAAGUGGGCUUCUUCUGGCCUAGUUUUGUUAUAGGUUAGCAUUCACCAUUUAAUAUUGCGUAACUGGACACAGUAAGGAAAUGUCCCCUUAAAGAUCACCAAAUGGUCAGUACUGUAAAUUAUUAUCAUUCACAGCUUUUGUAGAACCUUCAACUGGAACCUUUUCUAUUCCUGUCCUUACUAGUAAAAAGCCAGCCUCACCAAAGCUCUGUCCAGACAGGUUGAGUAGAUGAUAUGCAGUGGAUAGUCAGGCUUUGGAAGAGUACUGGGGUGCUCUGCUCUGUAUCAGGACACCCAUUCUGCUGGGCCUGAAUGAGGUCCCCUAAACGUUUCUGUUAAUGUGACUGCUUCCUAAGAGACAUUCCUUGGGCUGGAAGCUGCAACUGUGCAAAGUAUGCUUCUCAUCUCCCCUUCUUGGCUCAGUGGGUGAUCACCUCCUGCAGCAGCCCCCCCCCCACACACACACACCUCCCUGUCAUUCUGGCCCCUGUUGUCACAGCAACUCAACAUUUAACACUGAUGUCUGGGUCCCCACCAGUGUUCCCUGUACAUCUGCAUUUGGCUGAGCCAUACUCUGCUCAGGCCCAAACCUGCAGUGAGGUAAUUUCCUAAGUUUCUGGUAAUAUUUAUCUAGGGUUGAAGAUUUUGGUCUACUCUCAGACUAUUUGAAAUCUUGUCAGGUGUCUUAAAUAGCUAGAGGAUUAGGUGCUACUUGUGGGCCAUGGGUUAGAACAAAAAUCAGCCUAGCUGGACUUCAUGCCAUGAUCAUUGUUGCCUGGGAGCCGACUGAAUUCAGCUGGCAUAGAAAUGAACAAACCUGCCCUGAUCAAACUUCUGCUUGCGUCACUCUAACAUGUAAGCUGACAUCUGUGUUUCUCUGCCAGGUGUAAUUUAGUUUGGUCUAUCCCUGACCAUUAAGGUUCUUGUAGCAUGUACUUACCUAGCCAGGAAGCAGAAGAGCCAGGUAGGGACAGGUGACCUCUGGGUGAGGUCUAUACUGAGGAAUACAGGGGACCUCCCACCAUUGCCAAAUACUGUUCUCGACACGACUUGACAAAAGAUCUUUUCCUUGGCUCUGUUCCAAAACAUGCUAUCUCUGGUUUCUAACAGCCACUCCAAGCUGUGCUGAACACCUACAGCACGUAUUUUCUGGGAAUCGGAGAUCUCUGCAGACGUGCUUACGCUAGUUUGAAUUGUCUACUCACUGCUAAUUUGCUUUGUGCUUUUCUUCAGGUCAGCCUCUCAGCAUCCUUUCCUUAGCCACCACCCAGGAAUUGUAGCAAGGUUCCUAGAAGACAUCUGUCAAGUUGGUGGGCACAGGCAUGGGGGACAGGAGCUGCUGAUGGCACAUACCUUCCUAGUGAUAAACUCAAGAACUUCCUGGACUGUGUCUUCCCCUGGCUCUGCUACAGUCAAUAUUUGAGACAGGUUCUAUGUUCUCCCAGUUGUCAUCAAACUGUAGCCUCAAAAUCAAAGAUCAGCUUCCUCUGCACCUGCUGCAAGGCGGGGCACCAUGCCUGAGCUCCACAUGCAAUCUUGACUUGGUUGCUCAGUCUUCCUUUGAGUCUUUAAAUAGGCAAUUCUUCACAAAAUUCACAUAUCACAGUAGUUGUCUUCCUUAUAAAAAGCACUUAAUUCAUUAUUUGUUCCUUUUGUCUCCCAGGGCGGGGCAGGACACAUGCACACACUUGCAUGCACACGUUGAGACUUUAUAGAGACAGCCAUCCCAGAAUGUCUACAUGAAAGGAGCAGACGUGGAAGUUGUUUUUUCAUAUAGAUUCCUUACAGAUCCGUCUAAUAAAACAGCAGAGCUGAUUUCCCUACUCUCUCCAGGAUGACAGUCUUCCCCCUAGCACUAAACAGUUUCUUCAGGUGCCUGACCAGCUGCCUUUCAAGUCACUUUGGUACAAGUUGGUCCUCAGGGCUAACAGUCAUUACAUCUAAGUGUCUACAAAUGAGACACCACAGAAGCAAAUGCUUCCUACAAAAUGCCCCCCUCACCCAACUUUCUGAUUAACAGAAAUCACUCCUAAGUUCAUUUUUGCCAUCUCCUAAGGUAAAAAUUAAAGCAGCCUCCUCUAGGCAACCAUAAGGGAGAGCAGACAUGUGCCUUGCUCUUCAGCAUCCACCACCCAAAGUUCUUUCCCACUCACCCACCUGUUUCCCUGCCCAAGCACAGCCCAGUGAGUAAAGUGUCCCUGUGCUCACCCAAGAUGAACUCAUCCAUCAUGCGACCUAUAGCCUGGCUAAUUGCUUAAGAGCAGAUGCUGAUCUUCCAAAGGACCCAGGUUCAGUUCCCAACACCCACGUGGUGGCUCAGUUUCAAUUCCUGGAGAUCUCUUCUGGCAUUUGAGACGCCAGGUAUACACACACAUACAUUCAAGCAAACACUCAUACACAUAAAAGUCAAUUUUUUAAAAAAAUUACCAAAAAUGGAAGCAUCACAGUAUCUAACUAAAUCUUAGAGAUGAGGACCUGAAAUGCCAAAUAAAAGCUUUUUAAUAAAAUUAACAGGACUUGGGUACACUAAUUGAGUCAAACACUAGCCCGUUUUCAAGUUCAGCUUUAGAACUCAAAUUGCUUCAAGAUGCUUUUAUUCUAGUUAGACUAAGCAAGUAUCCACAAGAGUCUUAGUUCCUUUGUUCACACGGUCAGGGAGAACACCCUUGCUGUUUCAAAGGCACGAUAUAGCUAAGAACAUGGACCCACCAGUGUUAAGGGACUUGCAUGGUUGAAACCUCAGCACCACCUACUCCACUCCAGCCUGGCUGAUGUGGAGAAGCAGGACAUCUUCCUGGUGAUGGCCUGGAACUGGUACCUCUGGGUCUCUUGACAAGUCAUUGCCAGGAAAGUAGGGGAGUGGCACUUUAGUCUUGUAGUUUAGCCCUUUGGGGCUUAUUUACUAGAUAUAACUCCCUCAAAAAGGUUUAUGAAAUGCUGAGCCUCAGGUUUCAUAGACUGUUUGUACACUAAGAAUUCUGCAGCAGAAUAUUUUUAAAUAUUGGUUUUUGUAAGCUAUAUUUUUGUAUAUUUAAUUGCUAUUUUAAAACUUUAAUGCAUUUUUUUGCUAAUCACUUGUUAAAAAAAUAAAACAUGCAUGUAAUUGACCCAAACACAUGUAAAUAAAGGGCAGAUUUUGAAAUACUUUGUAAUAUGUACCUGAAACGGUGAGCAUGAAACGGACAGACUGAACAACCUCUGACCUAUCCUCCUUCAACAUGGGGUAAGGUGGGGAAACCACACCAGGCCUCAGUGACAGCAAGAAGCCAGACCACACCAUCCAUUCCUAUAGUGACUAGUCACUUGGGGGUGACUUGAUGUACAGCUUUGUCCUUGGAUAGCACACAACACUCCUACUACUUGCCCCGACCUUAACACUCAAAGUUCUAUAAACAUAGCUGCUUUCCUCUGCUAACACAAGGCAGUGAGCAGCUCUCUGCUGCCCAGCUCCAGCCCAUGGCUUCACCAUGGCAACCUUGCAACCAACCCUUCUAUGCCUUCUAUCAAGUACCUGUUGAGCACUUUGCUCUCUGACCCCCAGGACCUUUGACCUCAGGUUGUUUUCCCUACAGCCUGUUCCUUCACUACUCAUCUCUACCUCAUUCUCAUGUUCUGGGGAUUCACUGACACCUCACAUUCCCGCCUAUUCACAUCUUCUACUUGGUCUCUUCUUCAAAUGCCCUCAUGCUCUGGGGAUUAUCAAAACCAGGUACUCUGAAAUCAGCCCUCAGCACCUCCUGGCUCACCUGCAUACAUCCAGCCAUUGGGGCUUCUCCCAUCUUCCAUCUCAGUUCAGGCUACUUUCUCUGUGCUUCAUGACAAGCCCUCCUUUCUACCUGAGUGGGAGGAGUGAGAUGGAACUUUUGGUCACCAAAGAAACUACCUGAACUGGACAGAGAAGACAAGAUGGUUCCAACAGCCACUGGGUGCAGUUCACAGGUCAGGUGGCCAUAAAAUGUGAGGUGUACAUUUCUGCAGAUAGUGCUAGGACCACAGCUGCUAGGGAAGCAGGUUAGAACUGCGAAGAUGAGGCCCUGAAAACAACUUUUACAAUGGAGUUGUACUAGUGGUGCACACCUAUAAUCCCAGCACUUCAGAUGUGGAAGCAACUAGAUCAGCAGUUCAAAACCAGCCUCAGCUAUACUACAAGUUUGAGGUUAGCCUGGACUACAGGAGACGCUGCCUCAAAAAAUAAAAGAACCGGGGCUGGAGAGAUGGCUCAGUGGUUAAGAGCACUGCCUGCUCUUCCAGAGGUCCUGAGUUCAAUUCCCAGCAACCACAUGGUGGUUCACAACCAUCCGCAUUGAGAUCUGGUCCCCUCUUCUGGCCUGCAGGCAGAGCACUGAGAAUACUGUAUACAUAAUAAAUAAAUAAAUCUUAAAAAAAAAAAAAAAAGAGCCCCACUACAUAAAAAAAAAAUAAAUAAAAUAAAAGAACCCUUCAUGGAGUGACACUGGGCUGAACACAAUGAGGAAAGAGAACAGACCAGUAAUGGGAAGUGCAGAACAGUACCACUGCUGUGUGACCUUGAGGCUUGCUUUUCUGAGCUAGUUUCUUUUGGUUUUUUUAAGACAGGUUCUCUCUGUAGCUUUGGAUCCUCCCCUGGAACUAGCUCUUGUAGACCAGGCUGGCCUUGAACUCACCACAGAGAUCCUCUUGCCUCUGCCUCCCAAGUGCUGAGCUAGUUUAAGACAAUAAUUAUGAAUACAAAGCACUAACUGGUCACAACUGUCAAAUAGCCAGGGUGCAGACAACACAGCUCAGGUGUUUAGUCAGCCAGCCCAGAGUAGUAGUUAAGUUCACAGGAGUCACUCAAGGAGGUGGUAGGGAAACGUAGAAGCCUGCUAUGAACGGAAAAACUUCCUGGUACUAGUAGUAGAUAGUCAGUUUUGAGGAGUCUUAGCCAUCCCUGGAGCCCCAUGUACUGUGCUGUAUAAGGCCCCAGCCCAAUGGCACCAGAAGUCCAAUGGGCCAAAGCACCUGUUAAAAGGCAGCUGUCCCUCUGGGAACUGGGAACCAUCAAGCAGGGUAGCCAGCCAGUCAAGUCCAUCCCCUGAGUUACCAUGGUCCGAACCAACAAGAGCCUUCUGUUGCCCAAAAGCUGGCAUCAGAACCCAUAGCUGAGAAUGGCAGAAACAUACUCCUAACCAGAGCCUGAGGUAUCCAUUCCAGCAGCAAGGCUACUGUGAACAGGCCCUUCCUUGCCUUCAGCUACAAUCCAGACCUCUCUUAGUUUGUACAAUAUGAAAGCAGGGAAAGCUUCUUAAAUUAUUCUACAUGGAAGAAAGGCCCAGUCCCUAUCAAGAGUGGCUUGUGGCCUGUCCAUCUCCCCACAAGAACCCCACAUGCUGAAGAAGGCGAGUUAUUCAAUAAACUGUCCCUCCUCUGCACUCAGUAUGAAAGGAUAAGCACUCUUCCUGCCUAUCUGCACUUCCCCCAAUCACCUACCCAAAAGAAUUCUACCAGAAGUCUUGUCUUUCCACAUAGACCCAAGGGUUAAGAGUAUAAAGAACAGGAAGUGCCCUUCUAAAAUCCAUGAGCAUUGGGUGCAGAACAAAACCCACUUUGUAGAGCCUUAAAUAAACCAUUUUCAGUAUGUUAACAUAGAGGCUAAACAUGAGCCAGAAUGUGCACAGAAGACUAUCUCCAAAGGCAUCCUGAUUUCACCAGGACAAACAGUCACCUGCUGCUGACAAGUACAGACAGCUCUCCACUGCAUACAUAGCAGCUGAUAUUGGGAGUUCAAAGCACCUUGGAGUUAAUAGUGCUAAUCUGAAGAACAGCAGCUUAUUUUGUUGUUGUUGUGUUGUUUUGUUUUUCAGAAAGGGUUUCUCUAGUUUUGGAGCCUGUCCUGGAACUAGCUCUUGUAGACCAGGUUGGCCUUGAACUCACAAAGAUCCUCCAGCCUCUACCUCCCAAGUGCUGGGAUUAAAGGCAUGUGCUACCACCUAUAACAGCAGCUUAUAAGCAGCAAAUCUUCAUACUGUCUACACAGGGAAAGAAAAAAAUUCUUUACUGGUUGCUAGAUUAGAUAAAAUUUUAAGAAUUUAUCUUGAUGACUUAGAAAAAUACAUUUGUUUCUUGCUCUGAUUUGGGUAGUACACGAUCAUAAAACGUCUCUUAAAAAGAAAAAAAAAAAGG